AUGAUCACUGCAUUCAAUGAGACCGUCUUCAAAAUUUCGGCAAGCGUGCGGUGGCUUGUAAAUAAAUCAACACCAAAAGAUUUGUCGCCCUAUCUCCAAAAGCGUCUUAAGGACGAGUUUGGCAGCCGGGGAAUCAGUUUUACCAUCUGGCCAGACCAGGCAAUAAAUAAGGCCGCAGCCGAAGAUGCCGCCAUGUGUCUCAAGAAACGUGUCAAGUCUCGUAGCCUGCGCGACGUUUGGGACCUGGACAACACGCCGUAUGAGCGAACUCUUUGGUCAAAGGCCCUGCAAAUGCAAAACAUGCGUAAGAGGCAAUCAAAGAUCCACGCCUCGAAAUUGGACGAGGUGUAUCAUCCGUUAUCAUCAGCUGAAAGGAAAGGAUGCCCACUCUCGAUGAUCCUCUAUUAUUCUACAUUGCCCCCUACUGGAGUCGCAAGGCAGCAGGCCCAGCUCACCUCGGGUUUGUGGACGACUCUACCUGAUCGCCAUUGGAGAACUUCCCGACACGUACCUCGGACUGAAGGACAUAUGGAACGUCAAGGCAAACUAGACUGUCACGUUCGCAGCACUCACCACUCGAACUACAAACUCGGGCUUGUCGCUUCACAAUGUCAUCAUCAAAAGCGCAAAGGCUCACAUCCCCUGGAUCACUUGAGGCAAAGGACUGCAAUGGCAGAACGUGCAGCAGUAACAAUUCAACCUACCAACAGUUGCAAGUUACUUGGAGUGGUCAUCGACCAGUCACUGUGGUGGAACAAGCGGCAGGACUCGUGCACACAAGGGCAGUUCAGUGGACCUCACUAUUCUCUCGUAUUCAGGGCAUUCCAUGGCCUCCCAAUCGGCUCAGGCCGCCAAGUCUUCACUCCGUUGCCAAGCUCGCAUCACAAGGCCCAAGAUUGGGACACCCACUGUACACCAAGCCAGACUCGCAUGCCGGAUGGAUCUGUCAACCAGAAGCUGCAAGCUCCAACGGUAGGCCGCCAUCUGUAUCAAGGCGCUAUCUCCACAACAGCAGGAGAUACCCUUGAAGCGCAAUAUGCUACCAAGGUGAAACUCCGCCUCACAUGCCAGAAGGCCGGCCCGGCUGGCAAGCCUGCCGUUACCCAUCCUCUUCCAAUUCGUGAAUCAGCAUCAAGAGGACUCCUCCAGAGGCAGAACCCGCUUGAUCGCUCUUCGACUCCAUCGACUAUAGACGCCUCAAACCAUCACCCCAGGAUACGCAACCCCAAUGCACUAACCUUCACUAUCUCAAUAGUGUCGAGGAUGUUCGCGAAAAGAGCCGGCAAGCAACAGCAACUGCAACAACAAAAUAAGGCCGCAGCCGAAGAUGCCGCCAUUUGGUGUCUCAAGAAACGUGUCAAGUCUCGUAUUGCCUGUGCGACGUUUGGGACCUGGACCAACACGCCGUAUGAGCGAACUCUUCAUGGUUCAAAGGCCCUGCAAAUUCACAAAAAUCACGCGCGUCAUCCAAGCCACUUAUGUUUCGAUACAUGGGUGGCCAAGGGCACGAUCGUGGAAGAUGGAUUCUCUCACGUUGAGAAGUAUCGAAUCACGCGGGCCAAAAACUUUCUUACGUCGUGGUUCAGCAUACCCCUUGGUAUGCAAGAGCAAGAAGUGUAUAUCUGGGAAGGCGACGACCCGCCGACCUGGGUCAAGGACAAGUCGGGUGCUGUAAAUCCAGGACUCAAUCACGUCUGCACCGUCAAAGCUGAUGUCAGUGGUUUCACAAACUCGAUGGAAGUACGCUCUGGAAGCAAAGGCGAGUACUAUGCCGUGGAGUUUCAGGUGGCCAUCUUGCUGCCCGUGGGGGGAGCACAACUGCAGGCGAAGCUGCAGUGUGAAGAAAUCUGA